UAAUCAAGUCAACAUAUGCCCAACCCAACAAUCGAAUCAUUCCAUCUCUCUUUGAAAUUUUGACUUAAUUUAUCACUCAUCAGAUUCAGACUUCAGACCCCAUCAUCAUCAUCAUAUAUAUAUAUAUAUAUAGCUUAUAAGGUUAAACUAACAAGAACAUAUACCCUGAAUCCCAAAACAAGAACAUAUACCCAAUUUGACUCAAUCAAUGAUGAAGAAGAAGGGGCAAUUGAGGUGGUUGCCGGGGCUCUGCACCGGCGCCAGUGGCAAUAACGUCAGGGCCCGCACACCUCCUCCCAAGAAGCAGCAGCAAUACAGGCUAACUCAAAAUUCAGUUUUUGCAGACGAGUUUUCCAACGGUAAUAGUAGUAGUAGUAGUAGUAAUGGAAGCGGGGUAAUGGACUUUAAUAAUGGAUGCAAAUUGAAGCAGCAAGAAGAUGGAGGAAAUAACAAGGUCGUGCUUGUCGUUGAUCCAUCUCUGGAUGCUAACGGCGCCCUUCAAUGGGUUUUUUCUCACACUGUUCAGGCAGGAGACACUCUCCUCCUCCUUCACGUCGUCAAAUCGUCUGCAACAGAAUCCAAGAGACAAAGGGCGUAUCAGCUUCUCUGUUCUAUGAAACAAAAAUGUCAAAUUAGAAAACCAGAGGUUGAUGUUGAGAUAAUGAUAGUGGAAGGGGACGACAAGGGGAAAAGCAUAGUGGAAGAAGUGAAGUAUCAGAAAGCGUCUCUUCUGGUAUUGGGACAACGAAUGCAGACCAUGGCUAGCCGGUUUAGGAAGAUUUGGUCGGUGGUCAAGAGGAGAACUACUAGAUCAAGAAGAGGACGAGUGGUGGAGUAUUGCAUUCAGAAUGCUAAUUGCUUGGCUAUUGCCGUAAGGAAGAAGAAAACUAGUAAUAGUAGAAAACAUGGCGGAGAAGGAGGAGGAUAUCUCAUCACUACCAAGCGUCAUAAGAAUUUCUGGCUUCUGGCCUGAACCAACCAACCAACCAACCUUAUUAUUAUCAUCUUGUACAAACAAAUAUGUCACUUUUAGGUUAAAUUCAUGCAAUCUACUGUACAACACAGCCAGACAACAACUGAACAAAUAUAUCAAUUCAGAUUCUAAAGAAACUAAACUGGUAAAUUGAAAUUUAAGAAUCGCCCAUGAUCAGGAAGAAGGUUACAGCAAUAAGAAUCAUUAACAGUAACAUUUCAUCAGUAGAUCAAGAACUUGAAGAUUUGUCCUUUUUUAUUCUUAUUGAAACGUGACUUAAUUUGAGAUUGAUGGGUAUCUAACUAGCUGAUGGGAUUUGAAUAAUAUGACCAAUU